AUGCUGGGAUUGAUCUCUAAAACGUCAAGACAUGGGUUGAGUGCCAACUCCUCAACGAUCCUGUUCAAGGCCUUAGUUCGUCAGCUGCUCGAGUACGCCUCUGUGGUCUGGUCGCCAUACCUCCUCGGCCAAAUCAACCAUCUUGAAUCAGUCCAGAGACGCUUCGUGAGACAUAUGGGUUGCCGCGCUGGGGUCAAUUUAAUGGACGUCCCAGUUGAGGCAAUAUCUGCAGCUUAUGGUCUCCAAAGCUUGGAGUGUAGAAGAAGAGUUGCUGAUGUUGCCUUCCUCAUCAAGCUGCUAAACAACCAGAUCAGCAGCCCUUUUCUGCUCGAGAGGAUCAAUCUGCACGAUCCCAUAAGCACCAGGCAUCAACGCUUGUUUGAGCUGGACCAUGCUUCGACCAGCUAUCUACGCUUCUGCCCCAUACCACGUCUGAUGCGCUCCGGGAACGAACAAAAUAUGUUCGUCGGUCGACUUUUUCGCUUAGGUGGCUGUUAG